AGCAACGUGCCUCCGUCUGGCCGUAUCUUCUUCCGCUUCGGUGUCUGGUGCGUUUGUUCUGCGAGCGACACCGGUGCGAGAUGGCGUCGGCCGGGGACAGCGGCGGCGCGGCGCGCCGUGACCUCGUCUGCGUGACGGGCGGCAGCGGCUUCAUCGGCUCGUGGCUCGUCCGCCUCCUCCUCGACCGCGGCUACACCGUCCACGCCACCGUCAAGAACCUCGAUGAUGAGGGUGAGACGAAGCACUUGCUGGCCCUGGGCGGCGCGGACACGCGUCUCCGGCUGUUCCAGAUGGACCUCCUGGACCCUGCUUCCGUCCGGCCGGCGGUCGAGGGCGCCCGCGGCGUCUUCCACCUGGCGUCCCCGUUUAUACUGCAGGCUGAAGACCCAGAGAACGAGCUCCUGGAACCGGCGGUGAAGGGCACGCUCAACGUCCUGCGUGCCGCCAAAGAUUGCGGAGCCGGCCGCGUCGUGCUGAUGUCGUCACAGGCGGCCAUGCUGCCGAACCCCGACUGGCCCGCGGACAAGGUCAUAGACGAGGACUGCUGGGCCGACGUUGAGUUCCUCAAGAAACUUCAGCUUUGGUAUAGCGUAUCCAAAACACUGGCAGAGAAGGCUGCAUGGGACUUUGCUGCAGAAGAGGGAUUGCAGAUGGCUGUGCUCAAUCCAGGGAUGGUGUUGGGCCCGAUGUUAACACCAUCAGUUAACGCCAGUCUCCAACUGCUGCUGCAACUUCUGGCAGGCGAGAAGCUUGAUUUGGCCGACAUCUACAUUGGCUGCGUCGAUGUGAGAGACGUCGCACAUUCUCUGAUGGUGUUGUACGAGAACCCAUCAGCACAGGGACGCCACUUAUGCUUGGAAUCCAUUGAACGCUUGGUCGAUUUCACCAACAACAUUGCUGAUCUUUACCCUGAACAUCGGGUUCAGAGAAUCCGGGAGGACAAACAAGGCUGGGUGGUGAGAGCAAAGGACCCUUCCAAGAAAUUGAUCGGUUUGGGUGUUCGUUUCACUCCAUUCGACAAAACCAUCAGAGACACUGUUGGUUGUUUGAGGAGCAAAGGGCUUAUCUAGCCUGUAAACUGUGCUCUAUAUGGAAAACUAUUAUACAAGAGUUCCCUAACUCAAAUAAACUGCUAAAAUGCCUAUACAUACAUGUACGAUGUUUUCGUGUGCUUCUGUAAUUCAACCUGUUUCCCUAUAUCUAA